AUGAAGGGCAAAACGCUGGGGUUAACGCCUAUACUCAUACUUCUAUUGCAGUCUACACUAGUCUUAUGUCGAAUCGCAUUCGAAAAAUUAACCGAUGUCGACUUCCAAGGGACUGCGUACUAUACCGUACGGAAUCUAUCGCUAUAUGAAUGUCAGGGUUGGUGCAGAGAGGAACCAGAUUGUCAAGCUGCUGCAUUCAGUUUCGUGCUAAAUCCUCUCACUCCAGUGCAAGAAACCCGGUGUUUGCUACAGAACGACACACAAGCAAACAACCCUAUGGCUUCACCACAGCGUUCAGUAAACACUUACUACAUGGUAAAGUUGCAAGUACGGACAGAGAGUGUUUGCUUGCGGCCAUGGGCGUUCGAGCGAGUGCCGGGCAAAGCCCUCCGAGGUUUGGACAAUACUAUAAUCUACACUUCCACAAAAGAGGCCUGCCUCGCAGCCUGUCUCAAUGAGAAAAAGUUUCCGUGUAGAUCAGUGGAGUACGAAUAUGGAGGUAUGAGAUGCUCUCUUAGUGAUUCAGAUAGACGAACCGGACAACACUUUGUACAACUUGUUGAUACUCCAGGAACUGAUUACUUUGAGAACUUAUGUCUGAAGGCGACACAAGCAUGCAAGGGCCCUCGAGUGUUCACAGCACCUCGUGUGGGAGUAGCUGAAGAUAAAGUCUCCCAAUAUGCUGGACUGCAUUAUUACACCGACAAGGAACUGCAGGUAACAUCAGAGUCUGCGUGCCGUCUGGCUUGUGAAAUAGAGUCGGAAUUCCUAUGCAGAUCUUUCCUAUACCUUGGAGCACCCCAUUCGUCAACAUACAACUGUAGAUUAUAUCAUUUGGAUCACCAUACUCUGCCUGAUGGACCAUCAGCCUACCUCAACGCAGAAAGACCACUUAUUGAUGAUGGCGAACCGAUCGGAAAAUACUUUGAAAACUUCUGUGAGAAACCAUCUGCAAAUUCUAACCCAAGUGGAGAGCUACCAGUAACAAUCGAACACCAGCAGGACCUCAACAUGGCUAGCAACUUGACUCGCAACGACGCUAAUUGCGACAAAACCGGCACAUGUUAUGACGUGUCGGUCCUUUGUAAGGAUACUCGCAUUGCCGUGCAAAUUCGCACGAACAAACCCUUCAAUGGCAGAAUAUACGCCCUAGGCAGAUCCGAGACUUGCAACAUUGAUGUUGUUAAUAGCGACCAGUUCAAACUAGACCUGACAAUGGCCGGACAGGAUUGUAACACACAAAUUAAAACACAUGGGGGGGGGAAGGAAACUGGAGUGUACUCAAACACUGUAGUUCUUCAACAUCACAGCGUAGUUAUGACGAAAGCUGACAAGAUAUACAGGGUGAAGUGUACGUACGACAUGACUUCAAAGAACAUCACCUUCGGAAUGGUGCCCAUACGGGACCCAGAAAUGAUCUCAAUCACUGCCGCACCUGAAGCACCUCCACCACGCAUACGUAUCUUGGACGGUCGCCAACGCGAGGUGGAAACUGUACGCAUUGGAGACAGGCUUACCUUCCGCAUCGAAAUCCCAGGAGAUACUCCUUACGGCAUUUUUGCGCGUAGCUGUGUCGCAAUGGCAAAAGAUUCCAAGAGCACCUUCCAAAUCAUUGAUGAAAAGGGAUGUCCCGUGGACCCAUCAAUCUUCCCAGCAUUCAUUCCCGACGGUAAUGCCCUUCAAUCAGAGUACGAGGCCUUCAGGUUUACGGAAUCUUAUGGAGUUAUUUUCCAAUGUAACGUCAAAUACUGUCUUGGUCCUUGCGAACCUGCGGUGUGCGAGUGGGGAAGAGAAUCUAUCGAAUCAUGGGGCAGAAAGAGACGUUCGUUGCCCGUCAAUGAGACAGAUGAAGCGGGUACUCAGGAAGAAGAUAUGAACAUCUCCCAAGAGAUUCUCGUCCUUGAUUUCGGCGAUGAGAGGCAGAGCACUGACUUCCUACGCUCUGAUAAACCAGGUGGUGUUGCGUCAGAGGCUAACUUUGGAGAAAAAACUGUGACCAUUGUGGAGCCGUGCCCCAGUAAAGGAUCAGUUCUUCUGCUAGGAGUAGCCUGUGCGUUACUGGUUCUUCUCUACAUCGCAACAAUCUUCUGCUACUACAUGCGUAAAUGGCUCGCUCCUCCCAAGCAUUUGUAA